AUUAUUAUCUGAAGUCAGCACAGAGUCUGAGCAGUCCAGAUGUGGAAACAGACACAACCUAGGACACUGCGAGGGUUUGUAUGUGUUCCUAUCGUCUGCCGAUAGUUGGAAAGUUGCAAUCCAACACUGCGGUGUUACUUUAUUGUGUUGAUUUAUCCGCGUCGUGUCGGGAUUCCUCGGCAGUUUACGCUCUGGACAUGCGUAGGAUUGGAGAAGGAAGGCUUGUUGUUUGAAAAACAAAGUAGCCUACUUUUGACUUUGAUAACACACAAGUGGGUACGAUGGCUUCCCCUCUGCACAUACUAACACUUUGUUUGGUUUUAUUGCGUCUUGGAGGGUCUGAAUUUUCGGGACCUUUGCAGCCGGAGAUGUCCAACGGCACCUUUCAUCACUAUUUCGUACCGGACGGUUUCUACGAAGAAAACGAUGAUCCCGAGAAAUGUCAGAUGCUCUUUAAAAUGACCGACGAUCGCCGAUGCAGCCUGGACGAGGACCAGGACUCGGUGAUCCGGGACGAUUUUACUAUUAUGAAGCGUCACAUCGAGGACGCGGCGCGGGUGCUCGAGGGCAUCGGGAAAAGCAUUUCCUUUGACUUGGACGGAGAAGACAGCUAUGGGAAAUACCUGAGGCGGGAGACGACACAGAUCAGCGAGGCGUUUUCCAACUCCGAGAAGUCUCUACUGGAGCUGGAGGUGAAGUUUAAACAGAGUCAAGAAAACGAGCUGAAAGAGGAUCACAAGAUCAGCGACGACUUUCUCAAUAUGAUCGUGCACACGCGUGACGUACUGAAGGAGACACUGGACAUCUCGCUUGGACUGAAAGACAAGCACGAGCUGCUGUCACUUAUCAUCCGGAGUCACGGGACACGGUUAAGUCGCCUGAAAAAUGAGUAUUUAAAGGUGUAGACAUGUCUGUCAUGCCCUUUCUGAUGUUCCUGAAUAGGAAAUUCUGUAAAAUCGAUGCAGCUGUUUUGUGCAAUAAUGGAAGCCAAUAUUGACUUAAUAGCAGCAUUCAUAUUUGAUGGACAGGCAUUAUUGCUUCUGAUAAUAAGACUGGUAUGUCUGUUGAAACAAAGUAAAGAUUUUACCUCUUGAAAGGAGACAUCCCUUCUGAGCCACUCUGAGUUAGUUAGACUCACUGUUUGGUUGGUCAUUAUUUUCUCCUGUAAGGAUGUAGGCUGUGUUUUAUGAAAACAUUUCCCCAUUUACAUAGGCAUUACUUGAAUGUUUCAGAGGAAAAUCAUGUAAACAGAAUGAAUAUAGUUUUCAAUGUACAAGUUGUAACUGUAAUAUUUUGUUUAAAAUAUUAAAAAAGCAUGUAUUUGGAAUAGUUGUUAACCAUUCAGUCUGACAAUCCUCCAAAAGUUUGAACAAAUUAUAUUCACAACAUUAUUUUAUUAUUAUUGCGUUCUACUCACUUGGAGGGAUAAAGCACAUUUUGUUCUUCUUUGUUCAUGUCAGUAUAUUUUGUGUGCCUUAAGAAAUCUAUAUAUUUUAAUAUGGGCUUUUAAAACAUUAAACUGUGAUUGUGUAUAUUUAUGAAAAAGCUUAAAUGUAGUCAUUUUAUGAGAAUUUUGCAUUAAAUGUUCUUGUAGUCCUCUGAGAAGUAAUGGGAAAAGGACCAUCUGUGAUGACACAUUCCCUGACAAUCCAAGAUGACUGCAGGCAGGAAUAUUGGACUUGAAACGUUUUCCAUGUGAAGUUUCAUUCCUGAGAAUUUUCAUCCCUUUUUGUAAUAAAAAUUCUUUAAAAUAG